CCUCUCGCCGCGCUUGAACACUCUUCGGCUGCAGACCGAGCAGCUGUCAAUGCAACACAGACACACAGUUACUGACUCUGAGCGUCACGACGAGCAGGAGGAGGCUUUGUGGAAGGACAGACAGCGGCUUUAAAAUGCAGCACAGCGACGUCUUUUGUAGCUUAUCACAUUGUCGUGUCGGUGUCUCAAAACGUUAACAUCUAACGUGUGAACAACGAGCCGAGAGAUAGGGACGUUUUCCUCAAAGAGUGGUUGUUUUUUCUCUGAGUGUUGUCUGCUGUCCAUCAGGACGGGACUAGUCCAGACAUGAGUAACGUUAAGCUCAUUUUUUGGGACCAGUUGCAGGCUGGCAGCUCCGAUGUGGACUGGUGUGAAGGCAAUUACCUAAUUUACCCCAGCAUCGCUGAGUUUUACAACACGAUCAGCAACAUUUUGUUUUUUGUUUUGCCGCCCAUAUUAAUGUGCUUGUUCCGCCAAUAUGCAACACAUUUCAACAGUGGGAUUUACCUCAUAUGGAGUCUACUAGUGGUGGUUGGAAUCGGAUCAACAUAUUUUCACGCCACUCUCAGCUUCCUCGGCCAGAUGCUGGAUGAGUUGGCCAUCUUAUGGGUGCUUAUGUGUGCCAUCGCCAUGUGGUUUCCCAAGAGAUACCUACCCAGGAUGUUCAGGAGGGACCGGUCAAGGUUCAAAGUGGUCAUCGGCAUCUUGUCGGGGAUCACCACUGGGCUGGCCUUUGUUAAACCUGUCGUCAACUCUUUGUCACUGAUGACUCUGGGCAUCCCCUGCACCGUGCUGCUUAUUACUGAGCUUAAAAGGUGUGAAAAUCCACGUGUGUUCAAGUUGGGUCUGGUCUCGGGGAUCUGGUGGGCGCUGGCUCUGCUCUGCUGGAUCAGUGACAGGAUAUUCUGUGAGAUGUGGUCAUCUGUCAACUUUCCCUACUUGCACUGCGCUUGGCACAUCCUCAUUUGCCUGGCUUCCUACCUGGGCUGUGUUUGCUUCGCCUACUUUGACGUGGCGACCGAGGCCCCGGAGCGAGGACCCGUCAUCAUGUUCUGGCCCAACGAGAAGUGGGCCUUCAUCGGCGUGCCAUACAUUUGCUUUCUCUGCGUCCACAAGAAGUCUGCUGUCAAGGUGACUUAAGGUGUCUGCUGCUCUGCAGGAUGUAUCCUAACAACUAUGGCGACUUUGUGGCCACUUGUGCUCUUGUGACUGGGUGAUGUAGGCGAUGCACAUUGAGGCUAAACUUGAGGAUUUAUCUUUUAUACAACUCUGUCAAAGAACAAAAGGUGAACAAAUUAGAAAGAAGGGUGACUGAAUAAACAACACAAUAUCGAAGCCAAGAAACCUUUACAGUGUUCCAAACAUCUUCUCAGGCUUUGCAUAUGAGAUCAUGUCAGUAUUGGUAUUAUAUAUUUCAGGCUUCUUUAAAAAGAAGAUUUUGUAUGUUUUAUAGUAACUCAGAAAACCUCAUUAUAAAGCAUUGUAUUGCCUUUAUAAACAUUAAGUAUAGCAUCUCAUAGGUGCAGUCUGGCCAAUAGGAACAAUAAAGCACUGGAUCCAUUAACUGUGAUUAAUGCAUAAUGCAUUAAAGCUUCAUAUGAUAUUGCUUAGCCGAUCGAACUAUGCUCAAUGAAUCACCAAGCUGGUUCAUAAGAUGUUACAGAAGUGUUGUUCACACAAAGCCUUAUGUGUUUAAAAUGCAUUCAGGCUGUUGUACCUGCCCUCUUUGUGGACGGGCGUUAUUAUUUAAUACGCCAGAAACACAAUAGGCUUAUUUCUGUUAUGGGUAUACUAUGUUUUGCUUACAGCAUGCCAUUGUGAUUGUUUAGGAGAUAGUAUAUGAGAAAUGUAUUUAAUAUUCUCCUCCUGUAUAUAUUUUGUUAAUAACUAACUAAUAAAUAACUAGUUAUUUUCCGAGGAAAAUCAUAUAAUUCACUGACUGAAUAGGUACCCUUUGAUAUUGGCCAAAACCCAAAGUAAAAAAAAAAAAAAUGAAUGUGAAAUCAAAAUGUAUUGAACUAUGAUUGACUAUUUAAGGAAUUAAUUACAUAUUUUGCACAAAAUGAAGAA